UAUAUCGAUAAGUCAUCAGUUUAAAAUAAGACGUAACACUUCUUUAUUUUCUUCGUAAUUAAUUCAGAACGUCAAUAAUAUGUAAUUUUUAGAACGUUUAUCAUGAAAGCAAGUUUGAACGAACAUCCUUCCAAUGAUGAAGACUGGCGUGUUAUCGCGAGCCACUAUGACGCUUUCUGGAAACUGUGUUUAAUUAAAAGUUUUAUCGAUAAAUUUACUAAAAAUUGAUACACCGAAAAGAAAUCAUUCGACCGUUCAUUGUAAAUAACGUCAAGCGUUCAUAUCUACAAGAAUUUAUAAAGGAUGAAUGCCAGCAAGAAAAUCAAUGUAAAUUUUUCAUCCUUGGUGGGUUUGAAAGCAGAACUUUUAAGGAAGCAGACUGAGGUUAAUGAAGUCAAGUUGAAAUCGGAAAUCAAUCGUACUAUACCAAAGGUGAAAAAGAAGAUUAAAAAGGUUAAGGAAAAGAGUUCAGAAGGGAAUGUAGAAAAGGCAGAAUAUAUUGAAGAUGUGAAUACUCAUAAAAAAUCAAAAUUAAUGCUGGAGGCAAAAGCUAGAUUGUAUGAACGGUUAAAAAAAUCCAAAAAUAAUAAUGACAAUUUCCUUGUUGAUUUUACAAACAAAUCAGAUGAAUCCGAAGAGGAAACAUUAUCAAAAGAUGAAGAAGAGGAUAUUAAUGCACCAUUUGUAAAUGAAGAUGAAUGGGUAGAAUACGAAGAUUGUUUUGGUCGUACAAGGAAAUGUUUGCGAGAAGAUUUAUCCCUGAUGCAAGAAAAGGAUAACUUAAUAAAGCAACAAAUUGUAAAUAGGAAAGAUAUUGAUUCGAAAACUAAAGAUAACAUUGGACAAGCCAAUGUAGAAGAGGUGAAAGAACCUGAAAUAGAAAUUAUGAGAAGAAAAUGGGAAGAACAAACGCAGAAGUUAACUGACAAAGUGAAUAUACAUUAUCAAGACAUUUUAUUUGAUGAAGCUAGAGCUCAUGGUGUUGGUUACUAUGCAUUUUCACAAGAUGAGGAGCAGAGAACAAAGCAACAAGAGAACUUAUUUAAUUUAAGAAGGGAAACAGAACGAAAACAAAGAGAAAUUAAAGAACUGAAAGAGUUGCGAGAUAGAAUGGAACAUAAUAGGCUGAAAGCAGCUAGAAUUAGGCAAAGAAUUAGGGCAGGAUUACCAAUAGAACCAGAAGAAGAGACAGUUGAGGCAAAGGAAGAAAAUGAUUCGAAUGCACGUACGUUACAAACAACUAAUGUGGAACAGACAACUGAAAAUAAAGAAAAAAAUUGUGACAAAGAAGAGAAGAGUGAAGAAGAGAAAGCCAUAGAUAAGGAAAACAAAAUAAGAGUUUUAGGAAAAUUAUUGGGUAAGAGAAGCCAUUGGUAUGAAAUGUCUCAAGAAGAAUGGGUGCAUAAAUGUAGGAAAGUCAGAGUUAAUGAAUUUGGACCAGUGUAUGAUAAUUUUGAAAGCAAUGGCUAUUUAAUCCCUGAUGACAACAAUCAGAAAUCUUAUACUACUGAAGCAGUUAUUCAGAAUGAAGUAGACAAUGAUAAUAAGAACAUAGAUUCUUAUGAUAUACCUCUCCCUUCCACUUUGGAAAAAAGUGAUAUCAGUGUUGAGGACAAUACGCUUCUACAAAGAAAUCUCACUACCCAACAUGAGUCUGAUGUGGUAGAUACUGUUCCUAAUAAUACACAGAAUCAAGUGAAAGUUAAUAGAAAUAUAGAUGAAGCGAGUAUAGCAGCAGGUUUAAGGUAUUUGAGAGAAAAAUUUGAGGAAAGCCAAAAUGUCUGAAACGUUAUACAGUAAAAUAAUUAUUAUGAAUUGUAUAUGUAUUUGUAAAUAUAAUUGUUGAACAUGUAUUUAAGGAAUUGGUUUUUCAGUCAGUAGUUUUUAUUUUUUAAAAGUUUACUGAUGGAUGCUUAUGAUGUUCUCAUAUUUUCACAUUUCACUGUUUCCAAAUCAUCAUUUGUAUCUAUAUAAAAUAAGUUUAAUAGAAAUUAGUUACAAUAAAAUAAUGAAUUAAUAGUUGCAUAGCAGAUUAAGAAAAAUGUUACCAGAUAAAUCUAUAUUUGGAAAUACAGAAUCACAAGUAGGGCAGGUCACAGGAUUAUAAAUCAUGGCGUAUCGUUUUAAACAAUGUAAAUGCAAUAAAUUUUGACAGUUGUUACAUCUUUCACCCUAGAUAAAAUAAACAAUAUUUUACAUCAAAGCACCACAAACAACUAUUGUACAAAUUCAUUGCAAAACCUUACAUGAAAAAUGACUUGCUUACAAAGACAACAUGUACUUAAAUUAUUCUCAUAGGUAGCUCUAAAAUAUGGCAUUAAUUCUGUUAUACUUCUUACACCUAUAUAAUAAUUACCAUUCUGUAAAAAUAAUAAGGUUUAAACAAACAAAUCAUAUAAAUGUAUCAUUUACUCCUUCAUUAUUACCUUGUAAGCUAACCAUUUUCUAUUAACUAUAUCAUUUAAAAAUUCUUCGGCUUCUGUUAUAGACAUCUUAACAUCCGACAAAGAACAUAAAUUAAGACAAAAUAUACUUGGAGCACAUCCAUUACUCGAUGUUAUAAUUUCAGAAAAUAUAUUCCUUAAUAAAGCUAAUUGUGCUUUUGAAAACUCCUCCUGAAAUCUAUAACAAUAAAUGAUUUUAAGAAAAAUAAAUGUCAACAAAAUCUAAGAUAUGUACCUAGUUACUUCAUCAAGCACGGUGCUUACGAAAACCCAAUAGAAUUCACCUGUAAUUUCACACUGAGCUCUUUUGAUCAACAUGUUCAAAGGCUGUAAUUGUUCAUUUAUAUGAUUUAUUACUAACGACACCUUAUCAUCAUCUAAAAU